ACGUAAAUAUAUAAAAAAAAAAAAAAAAAAAGUAUUAACAUAUAAUAAAUGGUUCCGUGUCAAAAUUUUCUACUACAAUAUUUACUAGUUAUCUACUCGUUUGAAAAUCUUAAUUCAAUUGAUAAUAAAUAAAUAAAAAAAUCAUUGUCUGGACGGAAUUAAUUGUACGCUUGCACGUACAUGCCUAUGUAUAUGGAAAGUCAAUAAGAUUUUGUACAGCAUGUGUGUGUUUCGUUCAGUGAAUGCUUUUGAGUGCGUGUUGCUACAAUAAAGCGUGUGAACGUGCGUUUCAUUACAUAUCAAUAUAAUUUAAAUAUUUUCCUAAAUUAUUUUCAUUAUAAAUAUAAAUAUAGAUAUAAAAAAAAAAGAAAAUUAAAAUCAAUUACAAAACAAAAAAAAAAAAAAAUUAAAAUAAUAUGGAAGAAACCAUGAGACGUAAUAUACUGAUUUGGUUAACUUUGCUCGCCGUUCAAACUGUCUUUGGCAUGUGGGAUUUUGCGAUAACUGCCAAAUCGAAAAUCGUUUUCUACGACGAAGAUUGGCGGGAAAUCACAACAUCGGCCCAUCAGUUUGAUCAAUUGUCAGCCAUUGCAUUCGACGAGACCGAAGAAGUUAUUUACUUUAAUGAUCGUCUGCAUAAUAACGGCAGCAUAUUCUCAUUAAAGAUACCGCUGCGUUACCAAGAUCCUCAUAUCGUUGAGGAAGUUAUACGGCGCACUCAAAAUGAAAUGAUUACAAGCAUAGCUUACGAUCCAUUAAAUCGUAACAUAUUUUGGGCCGAUCAGCGAAAUAGGAAAAUUUACUUUAUAUCUAUUGAUGCAUUAAAAAAUGAACCAGUCAAGAUACUUUUGGAUUUUAUUGGAGAAGAGACGAUACCAGAUGGUAUUGCGAUUGAUAUUUGUCGCCGUCGACUAUAUUGGACAAAUUCGAAUUUUAAAAAUGCUUCCAUAGAACGCGUAGAUUUGAGUGGAGACGAACGUGAAAUUAUAGUUAAGACGGAUCUAUAUCUGCCCCAUGGCAUUAUAGUGGAUCAAUUGUCAGAUCGUAUUUAUUGGGUGGUCGAUCAACAGGGCAUGCAUUAUACCGUCGAGAGUGCAAAUCUGGAUGGCAGCGAUCGUCAUAUUAUUGUCAAGGGCUUAGAUAGUACACCUUUAAAUUUAGCUGUAACGAAAGAUUUCAUAUUUUGGACCGAUCAUAGGCAUAACGCUGUAUGGGCGCAUAUUAAAAAACCAUAUCUGAAGGCCAAUCAAACGCAAGAGCAUAUCGAUGAGGUCGCCCAACCACGGGUAGUGCUUAAAUUCUCUGAUCAACCGACCGGCAUUGUAGCUCGUACCCGUUUUAUGACCACUCUCGUAAAUGAUCGUCAUUGUUCCGUUGUAGUGACGAAAAUUAAGCAUCGUCUUCUCAAUCGAUCGCAGUUGAGCGAGAAUAAAGCGCUAACUAAUGAAAGUAAAAUGCAACAGUCCUAUUGCCUUAACGGCGGUGGAUAUAUUGCCCAAAGCGGUAUUUGUAUAUGCGAGAUUGGCUAUAAAGGUGCUCGUUGCGAGAUCAGUGAGUGCCAUAACUAUUGCGUUCACGGCACAUGCACAAUGUCGUCCGUAAGCUUCCCAAAAUGCAAUUGUCAACGCGAUUUCUAUGGUGAUCGCUGUGAAUCUCAUAAAUGUUCAGGAUUUUGUUUUAACGACGGCAUUUGCAACAUUGAUAACAAUGGCGAACCGUCUUGUGAAUGUGUAAAUGAUUUCGGUGGUGAACGGUGUGAGCAAAAUUCGACCGAAAUUUGCGCACUCUUCUGCCGUUUAUUAAAGCAUGAACCGGAUGUUAAUGUUCCAUUUGGAUGCCAUGAUAUUUGCAAGGAAUUGGCCUCGGAAAGUGAAGAAGCUGCUCAUUUAUAUGCAAUACCUACUUAUAGGCAUUUGGAAAUGUGCCAAAAUCAAGUUACUUGGACGAAUCCUCUAAUCAUUGUUCUUGUUGCCGGCGUUGUAUCAUGUUUGUCACUUAUUUUACUUAUUGUCCACGGCGUGAGACGAUUCUAUAAGCCAGCUCGACCGCGAAUUAAGAAAACUUUCGUAGUACGGAAACAGGCUGUGGCAACUGAUACACCGUUAACUAAUCGUCCAAUUGCCACGGAGCAAUGUGAAAUUACAAUUGAAAAUUGCUGCAACAUGAAUUACUGCGAUACGCCUUGUUUCGAUCCUAAGCUUGUACAACAGACAUUGUCACGUGAUGCCAACGCCAAAGAGGAUAAAAAAUUCUUAAUUCAUAAUAUGGAAGAUGACUUGUAUUAAAAGUCUCUACUAAUACAAGAGCAUGACUACCUAAAGAGGACAACACCGUAUGUGGAGUUCUCCUUUGUCCACAAGAGGCCUUAAAAACUAUUCUUUUCGGAGGUUAUUUAUUAUACGUGCACAUCUCUAAAAAAAAAAAAAAAAAAAAAAA